AGUCAUAAAAUUCUAUAUUUAUAAAGCAAUAUGAUCAUGUAAAUCGUCAAGUAUACGUCUCAUGUCAAGCUAGUAGUACAUUUGGAAUCAUUCCGUGAAGUGGUUCGCAGUAAAUUCUUCCACAAUGGCUGAUAAUUUAGAAUUUAAAAGUCUACAUGAAUCUUUAAUGAAACAUUUGCCAAUUGAUGAAUUAAAGGAAGUAAAGAGAAUCCUUUAUGGACGAUCUGAUGAUAAUGAACUACCAAUCAAUGAAAAGGCACAGGAAAUUGCCAAUACAAAUAAAUUUGAGAUCAAGUCAUUCAAUUUUACUGCCGCAAAGGAGGAUCUGAGGAAGCCAAGAAUCGUAAAAGUCGGUGCUGUACAAAACUCAAUUGCUGCUCCCACAACAGAUCCGAUUUGUAUUCAACGCAAUAAAUUGUACGAGAAAAUUGGAAAAAUUAUUGAUGCCGCUGGUGCCGAUAAUGUGAAUGUAUUAUGCCUGCAAGAAGCAUGGACGAUGCCUUUUGCAUUUUGUACUCGUGAAAAACAUCCUUGGUGUGAGUUUGCAGAAAGUGCUGAGACCGGACCGACAACUGAUUUCCUUAAACAGUAUGCCAAAAAAUACGAUAUGGUCAUCGUUUCACCAAUAUUGGAACGAGAUGAGGAACGUGGUUCUGACAUUAUUUGGAAUACAGCUGUGGUCAUUUCAAAUACUGGCAAUGUCAUCGGAAAGCAUAGGAAAAAUCAUAUUCCUCGUGUUGGUGACUUUAAUGAAUCGACAUACUAUUAUGAAGGAAAUACAGGACAUCCUGUCUUUGAAACCCAAUUUGGGAAAAUUGCCAUCAAUAUUUGUUAUGGUCGUCAUCAUCCUCAAAAUUGGAUGAUGUUCGGACUUAAUGGAGCUGAAAUUGUUUUCAAUCCAAGUGCAACUAUUGGUGCUUUAUCGGAACCAUUGUGGGGAAUUGAAGCUCGAAAUGCCGCCAUUGCAAAUUCUUACUUUGCUGUAGCAAUUAACCGUGUUGGAACUGAAUCAUUUCCAAAUGAAUUCACAUCUGCUGAUGGAAAGCCAGCACAUAAAGAUUUUGGUCCAUUUUAUGGAUCUUCUUAUGUUGCAGCUCCAGAUGGAUCUCGCUGUCCAAGUUUGUCUCGAAAUUCUGAUGGACUUUUGAUUACUCAAAUGGAUUUGAACCUUUGUCGUCAAGUUAAGGAUAAAUGGGGAUUCAGAAUGACUCAACGACUUGAUAUGUACGGUGCUAAAUUUACUGAAGUUAGCAACUUAUUAAGAGCUAGAAAAAGUAACGAAAUUGUUACUUCUAAAUUAUGUUCGAAAACAAGUACUGAAAGGGUUGUUAAAGUUGCUGCUAUGCAGACAGCAAUCAGCUAUGAAGUUCCUUAUUUUAUGGAUGAUCAAGUCAUAUUUUUUCAAAAAAUUGAGGGAAUGAUUGAUUUAAGUGCAAGUCAUGGAGCAAAUAUUAUUGCCUUUCCUGAGCUAUUUUCUAUGCCAUAUCCAUUCCAUUCACCAAAUUUAAUCAACUGGCAAGAUUAUGCUGAAACAGAAAAAGGAAAAACCUUUCAAUUCAUGCAAAGAAUGAGCCUGAAGCAUAACAUUGUCAUCAUUUAUUCUAUUUUGGAAGUUUCUGAUGAUAAAAAUUAUUACAUAACAUGCUGUGUGGUUUCAAACAGAGGUGAAUUUAUUGGAAAGUGCAGAAAGCAUCACAUUCCACCAAUUGAAGCAUUAUACAUAACACCUGGUGACUUUGAUUCUCCGGUGAUUGAGACUGAUUAUGGAAAAAUCGGAAUUCUGAUUUGUUAUGAACGUCAUUUUCCAUUAAGGUGGUUACUUCUUGCAUCAAAAGGAGCUGAAAUAAUCUUUAGUCCUUCGUCCGAGGAUGAAGGUGGAUUGUCAGAAAAAGUUUGGGGAAUUGAAUGUUUUAAUGCAGCUGUUGCUAAUGGAGUUUAUACUGUUGCUAUUAAUAGAUGUGGAACUGAAAUGUUUGAUGAGAAAAACUUCAAAUAUUUUGGAAAUUCUUAUCUAGCUUCUCCUUAUGGAAAUAUCUAUUCAAUAAAUUGUCAAUAUCAACGUCCACUUGUUGCAGAAAUAGAUUUAAAUACAGUUGGGGAUGUAAAGGAAGAAUUCUCUUUCCACAAAAAUCAGAAAUUGUCUGAAUAUGCUAAAAAGUUAAAUGAAAUUUAUCAUAACAAAAAGAAAAGUAAAUAUACAGCAAGCGACAUGUCUGAGUCAUUCAAUUUAAGAACCCUCGAAGAUUGUUUGAAAAAUGUUCCGUCUGAGGACUUGAAGGAUUUAAAAACUCACAUUUAUGGUAGAUCUGAUGAUUGUGCACUUCCAAUAUCUGCAAAAGCUCAAAAAUUGGCAGAUGAAAAUAACUUUGUCAUUAAAAGUUAUAAGUUUGAUGCUAUACCGGAAGAUAUGAGGAAACCACGAAUCACAAGAAUCGGAGCUACUCAGACAUCAUUAGCAGCACCAACCACAGAUCCUGUAUCUUUGCAACGCAAAAAGAUUUUCGAAAAAGUCGGUAAAAUUAUUGAUGCCGCUGGUGCCGAUAAUGUGAAUGUAUUAUGCCUGCAAGAAGCAUGGACGAUGCCUUUUGCAUUUUGUACUCGUGAAAAACAUCCUUGGUGUGAGUUUGCAGAAAGUGCUGAGACCGGACCGACAACUGAUUUCCUUAAACAGUAUGCCAAAAAAUACGAUAUGGUCAUCGUUUCACCAAUAUUGGAACGAGAUGAGGAACGUGGUUCUGACAUCAUCUGGAAUACAGCCAUUGUCAUUUCUAAUUCUGGAAAUAUUAUCGGAAAGCAUCGCAAAAAUCACAUUCCUCGUGUUGGUGACUUUAAUGAGUCGACAUAUUAUUUUGAAGGCAAUACAGGACAUCCUGUCUUUGAAACCCAAUUUGGGAAAAUUGCUAUUAACAUUUGCUAUGGUCGUCAUCAUCCUCAAAAUUGGAUGAUGUUUGGACUUAAUGGAGCUGAAAUUGUUUUCAAUCCAAGUGCUGAAAUUGGGGGAAGUCUAAGUGACAGAAUGUGGUUCAUUGAGGGUCGUAAUGCAGCCGUAGCCAAUUCUUUCUUCACUGUUACUAUAAACCGUGUAGGAACUGAAAUUUUUCCUAAUGAAUUUACAUCAGCUGACGGCACAAAAGCACAUAAAGAUAUGGGGCCAUUUUAUGGAUCGACUUAUCUAGCUACGCCUGAAGGAUGUCGUUCACCAGGAAUGUCUCGUGAUGAUGAUGGAAUUUUAAUCUGUGAAGUUGAUUUAAAUCAAUGCCGUCAAUCUAGAGAUCUUCAUACAUUUAGAAUGUGCCAGAGAUUACCAAUUUAUGCAGAAGGACUUGCCAAAGCCUGUAAAUUGGACUUUAAGCCACAAAUAAUUCGUGAAAAUUAAAAAGACAUGCUCGAUUCUUUUCAAAUAUAUUUUUUUUUUCUUUCUUUUAUUCUCUCUGAACACUACAAACUUUUUAAGUUGAUUUCUCUUUUUAUUAUUUUUUUGGCUUAUACAAAGACAAAUUAUAACUACAUACUUGCACAAUUCACAUUAGAAUAAUUAAAUCUCUUCUAUAAAUUAAUCAACAAGUUUUUUUUUUAUACAAUUCAAUAAAG